AUGUUGCCAGGCACUCUCUGGGUAGUCUUGGGACUCUGCCUCUUGUCAGGUGGUGCUUGGGGGCAGUCAGAGAAUGAAGAUCCCUCUGAUUUCCCUUCUCCUCUUCUUUCCUGUUCCCCAGUAUAUAAAGUCUCCAUCUCCGGAACCACAGUAGAGUUGACAUGCCCUGAUGAAUCUGGAUCCAAAGCAAUAAAAUGGGAACAUAAUGGGGUAGCUGUUUCAACUAUAAACAUUCCAGAAGAUUCUAAAGACAAGUUAGUACUGGAGAAUUUUUCAGAAAUGGAACACAGUGGUUAUUAUACCUGCUAUACAGAUGACUCAAAGAAGAAUCAUCCUCUCUACCUAAAAGCAAGAGUGUGUGAGAACUGCAUGGAGGUGAAUCUCAUGGCAGUGAUCGCGGUCGUUGUAGCUGAUAUCUGCGUCACUCUGGGCUUGCUGCUAAUGGUCUAUUACUGGAGCAAGAACAGAAAGGCCAAGACCAAGCCUGUGACACGAGGAGCAGGUGCUGGCGGCAGACCCAGGGGACAAAACAAGGAGAGGCCGCCACCUGUUCCCAACCCAGACUAUGAGCCCAUCCGAAAAGGCCAGCGGGACCUGUAUGCUGGCCUGAAUCAGAGAAACAUCUGA